AUAAUGAGGUCAAUAUGUGUCUCCGGGAGCUGUCAUGUUAAAUCCACUUCUAUUCUGAAUCGAUUUAAUUUUCGGCAGAAAAACAUUUUAUUCUAGAGCGAGCGAGAUUUUCUUCAAUUUCCUGAAACAAACCCCAAGAAGUAACCCAUUUUAUGGCAGCAACAUGUCAAUCAACGAAACUACUGUGUACCCAAUUCCUGACUUCAAAAAGUAUUCCGUCGAAAUUGUGGAUAUUAUUUUUGCCGUGCUUUAUGGUUUCGUCAUGUUUAUUGGACUCAUUGGAAAUUGCUUAGUUAUGGCUGUGGUGUACCGGACCAGAUCCAUGCAUACAACCACAAAUUUUCUCCUCGUAAACAUGGCUGUUAGCGAUGUUAUCACUCUGUUGUGGUGUCCCAGGACUUAUAGCUUCGCCUUUUACCCGAUUCACCCCACAGGGAUCCUUGGUGACUACAUCUGCAAGAUUUUCACAGGCAACGCAAUUAUAAGUGUCGCGAUCGCCAGUUCAGUUCUUACGCUUACGAUUCUUGCUACGGAAAGAUACCAUGCGCUAAUGAAACCAAUGCAGUCCGAAUUACGCCUCACCAGGGAACGUGUUAAAUACGUUCUCACUUUUAUUUGGGUCGCAGCGAUCUUAACAAGCCUUCCAGACUUUUCUCAGAACAAGUACAGUGAGAGAUAUGGACGGUGUGUUUGCCCUUUCAGCUUACAGAUCGCCUACUCGCUGAGGGUUCAUGUUGUUUGCACUGUUAUGUUCUUGGGAUGUGUACCCUUUAUUAUUCUUGCGUACUGUUAUUCUCAAAUAAUUCGCGGACUAUUUUUCAAGAACACCAUUUGUUCGAGCGCGCCUUCUGGAAGCAGUGAUCACCAGACGAAGAAAAGACUGGCUAAGUUACUAAUUGGCGUCACGGCAGCCUUCUAUAUCUGUUAUUUGCCUUAUGGUGUUUUCAUCAUGUACAUCGCUUUACAAGAUCGAGAAAAACUAGUUGCCAAUGAAGAAACCCUUGCUAUGUUAUUGCGAGUGUUCGAAUUCCUCGUCACUUCUAGUUCAUGUCUAAACCCAGUACUCUACGCCUUUCGUAGUUCAAACUACUGGGAGGGUUUUAAGAAGAUUUUUACAAAGCGCAAUGCAAUUCAGGCAAAGAGAAUAUUGUCCACCGUAUAUAAGCAAACUCCGGAGCCUGUUUUGUCCGCAGUGCUAUAGAAAUGUGACACUUGUACGACAACCUUUACUUUACGUUUGGUUAUCGAGAAAGGCCGGUUUCUUUGAUUUAUCUUUCAAACACCUUUCAGUUUUUUCGGAUGAACUUUGAUGCCAAGCUUAAUUUGGCUCACAUCAAAAUUGAAAAAAAAAAAACUUUUAAGAAUUUUACGAGGCUUAAGCGAACCUUGUAAAUAUUGAAUUAGGUUAAUAUUUGUCCUUACACUGGAAUAUAUCAUGAGGAUAAUUUUAACAAGCCAUACAGAGGGUCAAGUUUUUUUUUAUUCAUUGUACCAUUAAGUAUUUAUUAAGGUUAAUGAAGCUCUUAAAUCUUAGAAAUUGCUGAAAGAUGCUUUUUUAAAACUAAACAUUGCAUUAAAAAAUGGGAAACGUA